AUUUCCUUGACCCAUUUGUGAUCUAAUGGCAGAUUCCAAAUCUCCAGCUUACAAUUUGCACCCCCUCGCACCUUCCUUGGCAGAUCGACAUGAUGUUGUGGGAUGUCAGCAACAUCCCCAUGUCAAAGACUAAGAUUUCGGCCGAGGAUCUAGCUUAUCUUUGCAGUCGUGACAAAUUUUCAAGCCCAACCUCUUGUUUAUUUCUCCUUCACCACAUGUAACGUCGACGACAGCAUUGUACCAAUUGAUCGAUUUCAAAAGCAACUGUAUACCACAUGUCAUCGUACCUUCUACCAUCGUGAUUGCUUCCCCCAAGUCAGUCGCUAUGGAUGUCCCAGCCGAUCGCAACAAUGGACAAACUGUCGACAGCGAUGUUCUUGCCUUGCUAGGGAAAAAACAGGUCCUCAAGCGACGCUUCGGACUUCUCUCAAUCUUCGGUUUUGCAAUGUGUGAGCUGAUCACGUGGGAGACCGUUCUUGCAAUCUUCAGCCAAGGGCUGGACAACGGAGGGCCUGCUGGUCUUGUAUAUGGCUUUCUUAUUGCUUGGCUGUCAACAUUAUCAGUCUAUACAGUGAUCUCUGAAUUGGCGUCAAUGGCUCCAAUUGCUGGUGGCCAAUACUAUUGGGUAUAUAUUCUCGCGCCAACUCGGUAUAAAAAGUUCUCAAGUUAUAUCAUUGGGUGGCUUACCAGUCUUGCUUGGAUUGCUACGAUAGCUACAGAGUCCGUCUUUGCAGGCACUAUCAUCCAGGGUCUGAUUAUUCUCGACUAUCCAGAUACUUAUGUGCCUAAGGAGUAUCAAGGUACUUUGCUUACUUGGCUUGUCAUUGCGGUGGCUAUCUUGAUCAACACGGUCAUUCCCGGAACGCUUCCGAAGUUCGAGAUCUUCAUCUUGGUCUUUCAUGUUGCUGGUUUCAUUACCAUCAUGGCUCUGCUUUGGACGUACUCAACUCAUCAGACUGCAUCCUUCGUGUUCACGACGAGUUUAAAUGAAGGAAACUGGCCAACCCAGGGACUCUCGUACUGCGUGGGAUUUCUUGGAAAUGUUGCAACCUUUGUUGGUGCGGAUGCCACAGUCCAUAUGGCUGAAGAAAUCUCAAAUGCAGCAAUCAAUAUCCCACGAGCUAUCUGCGGCAGUAUGAUUAUCAAUGGCAUUCUUGGAUUCGCCAUGAUGCUUACAGUUCUAUUCUGCAUCGGCGAUUUGACAACCGUAGUCGGCACGGCCACUGGAUUUCCUUUCAUUCAAAUCUUUUAUGAUAGCGUUGGCAGCAUCGCCGGCGCUACUGUGAUGACAGCAGUGGUUCUUGCGCUGACUUGGUCUUGUGCUAUUGGCAUCACUACAACAGCAUCACGGAUGACUUGGUCCUUCGCUCGAGAUCGAGGAACACCGUUCUCACAUUACCUGAUGAAAGUGGACAAGAGAACAAAAGUGCCUAUCAUUGCCGUUGGAGCCGUCACACUGUUUGCUGCUUUGCUGACCCUCAUUUACAUUGGUUCUCCAACAGCUUUCAACGAUGUCAUCUCUUUGACUAUUACUGGCUUCUACGGCUCGUACUUCCUACCAUCAGCAUUCCUACUCUACCACCGAAUCAAAGGACAUGUGGCAUCAAAAACCCUUCACAUUCCGGCUGCAACUCAAGACCUCCCAGAACCGAGCCAUGAUGGCGCAGAUGGUCAUAUCGGAGAUGAAAAGAUGAAACCCUCAGAAGAUCCAAACACUUCAACAACGAUCCCAGACGUCGCCAUCGAAGUCGCCCAAAUCCAACUAGCCUGGGGCCCAUUCCGCAUCCCCGGCAUCCUGGGGAUCAUCAACAACCUCUACGCAUGCCUUUACAUGAUCUUCGUGAUCUUCUGGAGUGUAUGGCCUCCAGCAACUCCUGUCUCGGCAUCGACAAUGAACUACAGCGUCUUGGUUACUGGAGGUGUCAUCAUCUUUAGCGUUAUUUGGUAUUGGAUUAGGGGACGAAAGGAGUAUCAGGGACCGUUGAUUGAUGAUGAGGUGAGGAACGUGAUUCGGUUGGGCAGUGUGGUUGCCUGAAUGAAAUGAGGGGAGGAAAAGAUACCCGGAGCGGAGGAGGCUUGGCAUUGUUGGUUGGGAAGAACUUAUGUGAGUCACUUAGACAACACAUUAUCGUUCAUGCUCUCCGCUCG